AUGUUUAUGAAUAAAAAAUUUAAUGCUGCGAUUGAUAGAGCACAUGCACUAACAGAUUUUAAUAUUCACAAUAAUAUUCACAAACAAGAUGAAUUUCAAAAACAAAUAAUUCUUGCUGAUGAAUCACUUUCAAAAGAUGGAAAAUCUGAAGCAAUAAGAGAAUUGACUAAAAUUUAUGACAGUAAUAAAGUUGUUUUUAAUAAUGGAACAAGAAGAGUUUGUGAAAAUUGUAACCAAAAAUGUUUAGCUACAUUAUAUUGUGAAUUUUGUGUUCGAAAUUAUUUAAAAGUAAAUUUUUCAAAUUGGACAUCUGAAAAUGAUGACAUUGAUAAUUUAAUACAAGAAUGUCAAAUGAAAACAAUUAGACCAGGUGGUAUAGUUGAAUGGAUUCCAUAUAGUAAUUUAAAAAAUAUUAAUUAUUUAACAAAAGGUGGAUGUUCUGAAAUAUAUACAGCAAAGAUGAUUCAUGGAAGAUAUGAUGAAUGGGAUUCUAAAGAACAGCAAUUAAAAAGAUUUGGAAACCAUAAUGUAAUACUCAAAAGAUUAGAAAAUGUUGAAAGUGCAAAUAAACGUUGGUUUGAAGAGGUUACCUCACAUUUAAAUAUAAGUAAUAAAUGGUCAGAUGCGAUUGUUAAAUGUUUUGGUUUGACACAAGAUCCAUUAAAUGGAGAUUAUAUGCUUGUAAUGAAUAAAUUAGAUAUAGAUUUAAGAAAAUAUUUACAACAAAAUCAUAAUCAACUUACAUGGAAAGAGAGAAUUCAAAUUGCUACUGAUAUAAUUCUAGCACUUUUACGAAUUCAUAAUGAAAAUGCAAUUCAUAGAGAUUUACACUCUGGAAAUAUAUUAUUCAAAUCUGGAUUAUUUAAUAUAAGUGAUCUUGGAUUUUGUGGACCUGCAGAUAGACCAUUAAAAAGUAUAUAUGGAAAUCUUCCUUAUAUUGCACCAGAAGUUAUUGCAGGAAAAGAAACUACUUUUUAA